AUGGUGAAGGGGUAUGGAGGCCCGCUGCUUCUGAGUGCGUAUAGUCUGGAGCGCUGGCGGAGUAUGAUCCGUGCGCUGUUGCGCUCGCACCGCUAUUCCAUGGAGCAUGUCAAAUUGGGAGAGCUUUGUGCUGAGAAUAUAGAGAUGCUAAAGAGCAACACCGAGGAGGGAAAGGCAGUCCGUGCGGAGAUAGAGAGGUUUAUCACGCUUUCGGGCCCGGAUACGAAAGAUUUUGGCCUAGAGCUGGAUCUCAGGUACGACUUUUCGCUGUGUGUUGUUCCUGACCGGAGUGUGGCUUUGCGGUGGGAUGUCAAUGGGUAUGCUCCGAGUACGCGGCCGGGGAGUCGGGCUCCACAUGUGUUUCUCAAGAAGGGAGGUGCCAGUGUGUAUGAUUUGUUUGGGAAGGAGUGGACGUUGAUGCAGUUUAUGCAUGAGGGUGGAAAGGGGGCAGUCAAAGUGGGAGCAUUGUUGGAGGCGGCCGAAGAGCUGCGGUUUCCGGUAAAGCAUGUUGUUCUUCGAGAGGAAGAUCAUGUUCGUCGGCUUUGGGAGCACAACCUAGUGCUUGUCAGACCAGAUGCGCAUGUUGCAUGGAGAGGGAACAAAGCUCCUGACCGAGAUGAGGCUGAACAGAUACUGUCUGUGGCAUCGGGAAGACUGGGUGUUCGCGGGUAUCGAGAACCAUUGGAUACGAAGACGAAAAGCAGUUUAUCAAGACUGCGGUAA